AUGGAUUUGGGUGAGCCUGAGUGCUAUUACUUUGAGGAGUAUGAGGCUCCAAGGAUGAACCCCUCUGUUGUGGCUGCCCACAAGAGGAUUGGACUUCUCCAAAGGUUCAACAAGUGGCAAGGGAAAGCCAUGGAAAAGAUGCAAAAGUCCAUGGACAAGAUGAUCACUCCUCACCACCCAAGGAGGCUCCCUGCCCAAGAGCCUCACAGAGCCUCUUCUUUCGAGCCAAGGGAAGGAGAAGACAACACGCAGAGAAGGAGGAAGAGUUCCAAGGCCAGACGCUCCAACUCGAUCGAGUCAGAGGAAACUCAACUCGAUCGAGCUGAGGGUCGAGUUGACCUGGAGGAGCCCCUGUUUGAGAACCCGGAUUCGAGUACGAUCCACGCCUACCAGGACUUCCUCAGAGACUGGACCCCUACAACCGCUUCGAGCAAGCACAGCUCCACCAAGGCCAAGGAGCCACACCACUUUGAGAUGAAGAAGAGGAAGAAGAGGAGAGCAAGCUCGAUCGAGUGCACAACCCAGUGA